AUGGCGUCGUCCUGUGCGACAGCGUCGGCGCACGCGAAGUCGACGAGGUGGAAGCAGUGUCUCUGUCCGUUCACCUCGAGGACCUCCACCUCCCCGGCCCAUUCGCUGGCCCUAAGCUCCUCGGCAUACGCCUGCCCCCGGUCGCGGCACACGUCCUUCUCCGCGAGGCACAAGAACCCCUCCAGCCCAGGCGCGCCGGCCGCGAGCGGGUUGAUCCAGGGGUCGUCCACGCCCGAGGUGCUCGGGCACACCACGCGCCACAUGGUCACCAUGUUCUCGACCAGCGCACUCCUCGGAGGUCACCCGGUCGGCUCCGAGGAAGUAGGGGUGCACGAGUGCGACGCCGCUGAUGCAGGCGCCGUGCGGGAGGGGCUCGGCGCCGGCGCACAUCGCCAUGUGGGUUCGAUUUCUGCGACCCCUUUCGUGCCAUAUUACAAUCUCCCCAACGCCAUGUCCAACGCCGACGCUGGCGACAGCGACGAGGUUAUCCUCGACGCCCCCGGCUUCAUACGCGUGUACAAGAGCGGCCGCGUCGAGCGCUUCCUGCCGGUCGACUUCGCCCCGCCCUCUACUGACGCCACCACCGGCGUCUCCUCAAAGGACGUCGUCAUCCUCGCAGACGCCUGCGUAUCGGCUCGCGUUUACCUCCCGGCGCCCCCCUGCCCCGGCAAGCUCCCCGUCCUGGUGUUCUUCCACGGCGGCGGGUUCUGCCUCGGUUCGGCGUUCGACGCGGCGGUGCACGCCCACUCCAACCGGCUCGCCGCGGCGGCCGGCGUAAUCGUCGUGUCGGUGGAAUACCGCCUCGCGCCGGAGCAUCCGGUCCCCGCGCUCUACGGGGACGCGUGGGCGGCGCUCCAGUGGGUGGCCGCGCACGCCGCGGGCCGGGGGCCGGAGCCCUGGCUGACCGCCUACGCGGACCUCGGGCGCGUCCACGUCGGCGGAGAGAGCGCGGGCGCCAACAUUGCGCACCACGCCGCGAUGCGCGCUGGCAGCGAGGUGCUGGGCCACGGCGUGAAGCUCAGCUCGCUCGUGCUGAUCCACCCCUACUUCCUGGGAGGCGAGAGCUCCGAGACGGACGAGAUGGGCGUAGCGUUGCUCCGCGAGCUCGUCCGGCUGUGGCCGGUGGUGUGCCCGGGCACGAGCGGGUGCGACGGCGACCCGUUGAUCAAUCCGAUGGCAGAGGGCGCCCCCAAUCUCGCUAGCUUGGGGUGCCGGCGCGUGCUGGUGUGCGUCGGGGGAAAGGACCCGAUGAGGGGCAGAGGAAGGCUGUAUUGUGAGAAGCUGAAGGGAAGUGGGUGGCGUGGGGAGGUGGAGGACUGGGAGGCGGACGGCCAAGGACACGGUUUCCAUCUCUCGUGUCCCAUGAGCGCAGAGGCGGAGGCGCAAGUCCGGGUCAUCGCUGAGUUUCUGAGCUAUGGAUGA